CUAAAACACCUGAAACAUUCAUAGGCUUCUCAGCCUCCUUAACACACCGAUGGACUUGUUUGCCUUUUGGCUGACACGCCUAGCCGGAAGCCACAGCUGCCAUUUGGAGCUGGAUGUCUUCCUCCUCAAUAGAUGAGCUCCAAAAUAGAUCUGGCAGCCGCGCUUGGGGAACCUGCCACUCCUGUGGUUACGGCAAGCAGGAGAGAGGUCUAUGGCUUUGCCAAGCCACAGAUCUCUAGAAAGAUAUAAAUCAUGAGCAGAAGUCCAGAAGGAACAAACAGCAAAAGGAGUGAGCAUCUUCAGACCCACGGAGACGAUCCACCAGCCAACAUGCAUAUGCUAACCCUGGUGAGCCUGCUGGUGGCAGUGACGCUGUGCCUUUGCCACGGAGAUAGUUCGGCUCACUCCAACGACUCGCCCAGUUCCGAAGCUUUCAUCUCCAAGCAAGACAGCGCAACAAUAGUGAAGAGACACGCACAGGAUCCUCAAGGGGUUGCCGCUGCCGCCGCUCCAGAUCCCCUUGAAGGUCUUCGAGAGGUUUGCGAGCUCAACGCUGCUUGUGAUGAAUUGGCCGACCACAUUGGCUUUGCAGAAGCAUACCGUAGAUUCUAUGGACCAGUGUAGACCGUCUGCAUUCAGCACUAUGGGGAACUGGAAGAAGGAUUGGUUCUCAGGACCAACAGCCAAGUUGAUCUACUUGAUGUCAUUCUGUGCAUUCUGCAUUUCUAAGAUCCUGUGCUGUCCAUGCUGUGGAUCCCCACAAAAGGCUUCUGUUUGUAACUAUCACACCUUUGCUUUAUAACUGCUGCUGUAAUGUGCUUAAUGAUGUUCCUGUAAAGGAGAGACUAAAAAUAAACAAAAACCUAUUAAAACA